GGCUGGAGGGGCGACACAAUGACGCUUGAUAGUGGUUUGUAAUGUUUCCAAAGGUUUUGAAUCUUUUCUGCAGGCUUUCUCGAAAGAAAUAUCUCUGAUAUAGCAUAAUAAUGUAGCAUUCUGAUGAGUUUUAUUCUAAUUGUUUUGAGAAGUAUGGAUCUAAAGAGAAAAUUUUAUUUUUCUUGAAGAUGUGAUUAAAUGAGAAUGAGUGUUGUAAAGUCUUCAACAGUUCAUUUUAUUAACCUCAUUACAUAUAAAGGAAAGAGUGAAAGAAGUGUUUGAGACCAUGUCCACUUUAGAAGAAGAACUAUAUGAAGCUGUCAAUAACAACAAUGUAGAAUGUGUAAAGGAACUUCUAAGAAGAGGUGCAAAUGUAAAUAUUUUAGUUCAUUCUGGACGUACAAUUUUAGGCCGAGCAGUUCAGUUAGGAAAUGUAGAUGUAAUAGAAGUCUUACUUCAUGCAGAAGAUUAUCUUCCACCUGAAGAUAAUUAUGAAAAUGAAGAAAUUGAAGAUGUUACAUCAUUGGAAUGUUACUUAGAACCUGGAUUUUUGUCAUGGACACAAGAUAACAAUGAAACAAAUCAAGAAAAUAGAGAUCAAGGUAAUAGUAUGUCUGAGGAUAAUUCAUGUUGGACAGAAAAUAGACUCUCACUUAGUGAUGGUUGGAAAGAGCCACCUCAGCCAAGUUUAGGAGGACUUGUAUUAUUUCAGUCCUUAAGAAAAUUUACUUUUCAUCGAAGAAAAUGUGACGUUAACUUGCCAGAUUUUUAUGAUCGCAUGCCUAUUCAUUAUGCUGCAGAAGGUGGGAAAGUUGAAGUAUUGGAGAUGCUUUUAAAAGCAGGUUGUCGAGUAAAUGUAUCGGAUAGUGAGAAUAUUACUCCUCUUCAUUUGGCAGUUUCUCGUGGCCACGAGGAAAUUACAGUGAUGUUGCUUAGUGCAGGAAGUCGUGUCAAUAGCAAAACCAGGUAUAUCAGUGAUAAGUCGUCUGCUCUUCAUAUUGCUGCUAGUCGAGGAUAUCCUGGUAUCGUAGAAAAACUUCUAAAUUUUGGUGCCAAGAUUGAUAUUUUAGAUGCAUCAGAUCGAACACCUUUAUUCCUUGCCAUUAAUCGUGCCAAUCAUCAAGUUGUCAGAAUAUUACUGCAUUGUGGAGCAAAAGUUAAUGUUGAGGAGAUACAUGGCUAUACUCCUCUGUCUGAAGCUGUUUGGCAAAAAGACUGUGAUCUAGUCCAAUUGUUAAUCCAAAAUGGAGCCAAAGUUACAGGUGUUCAUCAUCUUUUACAUUAUAGUGUCUUGCACCAUUCCCUCCAAUUAACAGAACUUUUACUUAAUGGAGGAGCAUUUGUUAAUGUUCGUGAUGACAGUGGUGAUACACCUUUGCAUAUUGCUGUUAGAGGGGCACAAGUUGAAAUCUUAAAACUGUUGUUAAAACAUGGUAAGAAAAUUUAAUAUGUACAAAGUAUAAGUAAUACAAAUUUGUGCUGAUCUUUUAUAAUAAAUGUAUUAUAUAUUGACAUAAUACUGA